AUGGAUAACCCCGGGUUCGAAUACGACGAAGUGCCAGUGAGGAGUGAGGCUGAUCUCCAGAUACUCCAACUUGCUUCUCUCGCUAGUGAAUUGGAGAUACCUAAUAGCACGUUGCCUCUCAAAGGCCACAACUGCUGGUCGAGGUUCGUGCAGGCGAAGAAUUUCUUUGGCACUUGUCAUCGGGACUCGCAUUCGGUUAAGUGUCUAAUUGCACAGUGCACUUUCGAACAUCGUAAGCUGCCGUCGGACUCUAUAACUGACUCCCAAACUUCUUCAAAGUUUCGUUGGAUGAUGGAUCGAGACUGGGUUAAUGGAGGUUCUUACACAUCCCUUGACCAGGGUUUUCAAACUAUACCAUUAGUGAAUGAAAAGAAUGUCCAGAGAAUAGUACGCUUCAGGGGGAAAGCUAGACGGCGUCUAGAACCCCUUUUCAACCAAGAGACGAGUUUAAAGAAGUCAAACCAUAUCCCGGCAAAAAUGCCUGCCAAUUCUGAAGAAACUGCUCUGUUGAGCUUGCUGCCCAUCGACAGUAUGGAUGACAUUGAGCUGAAGAACAUCCAACUGCAGUUCCCAAGCUCUCGCCGGUUCAGCGACAGCUCGUGCCAGGAGCUGCGCGUGCACACCGACCGCGGGGACAUCAUGGUGGCCGUGCAGGGCGACCGCUCGAAACCAGCCAUCGUCACCUACCAUGAUCUUGGAUUGAACUAUACGAGCUUUCAGCCAUUUUUCAAUUACGUGGACAUGCGCGCACUACUGGAGAACUUCUGCGUGUACCACGUGAAUGCUCCUGGCCAGGAAGAGGGCGCCCCGACUCUCCCCGAAGACUACGUGUACCCGACCAUGGACGAGUUGGCCAACCAGCUCAACUACGUGCUCGUGCACUUUGGGAUCAAGAAUAUAAUCGGGUUCGGUGUCGGCGUGGGCGCCAACAUCCUGGCGCGGUUCGCUCUCAGCAACCCUGAGAAGGUCGAUGCACUGACUCUAAUCAACUGCUCCGCCACGCAAGCCGGGUGGAUCGAGUGGGCCUCGCACAAGAUGAACUCGCGCGCGCUGCGCUCUCGUGGCAUGACGCCGGCUGCCAUCGACUAUCUGAUGUGGUACCACUUCGGCCGGUGCCCGGAAGAGCGUAACCCGGAUCUGGUGCAAAUGUACCGUACUUACUUCCGCCGGCACGUGAACCCCGGCAACCUGGCCAUGCUGGUGGAGAGCUACGCUCGCCGCUCCGACCUGGGCAUCGCGCGCGACGCCGCCACCCUGCGCGCCCCUGUGCUGAACCUCACGGCCGCGCUCUCUCCACACGUGGACCAGACGGUGGCCCUCAACGCCAGGCUCUGCCCAUCCAACUCUACCUGGAUGAAGAUAUCAGACGCCGCUAUGGUAUUGGAGGAGCAACCAGGGAAGGUGUCGGAGGCUUUCCGUCUGUUUCUGCAGGGCGAAGGAUACGUGGCGCCACUGUCGCCAACAAAGAUAGUGCUGUUCCGGCGUCUGUCGGACGCGCGUCGUCCGUGCCGCCACUCGCCCGUCAUUCGCAUCACGGAGAAUCCCAUAUCUGAGGCCGUGGUCUGU